AUGGCCAUUUUUAACACUCGGUCAUUUCAAAAUGUCAACGCCCAAGCCCCUAUGGGCAUCAACCGCUCCUUCAUGGCAAGCGCCCAUGAGAGCCACCCGCCAUUCCUUCACUUAGUCUUGCUGGUCUUCGAGGCUGUGCUGGAGGUCGUCUGCGUCAGUCUGCCUGGCUACAUUGCCGCCCGUACGGGCAUGUUCGACGCCGAUGCUCAGAAGCUGGUGGCGAAUCUCAACGUGACUUUGUUCACGCCCUGUUUGAUCUUCACAAAAUUGGGCUCUCAGUUGACUGCUGAAAAGCUGACGGAUCUGGCGAUCAUCCCUGUUAUCUUUAUCGUCCAGACCUUUGUAUCAUACUUCUGUUCCUUCGUCGUCACAAAAUGUUGCCGCUUCAAGAAGCGCCAGUCCAACUUCGUGGCUGCCAUGGCGGUCUUUGGCAACUCGAACUCCCUCCCCAUUUCGCUCGUCGUGUCGCUGUCGCAAACCCUCAAAGGUCUACACUGGGACCGGAUCCCUAACGAUAACGAUGACGAAGUCGCCGCGCGUGGAAUCCUCUAUCUCCUUAUCUUCCAGCAGCUGGGUCAACUCGUGCGCUGGAGCUGGGGAUACCACGUCCUCCUAGCGCCCAAGGAACGAUACUUGGAAGAGGCGGAGCGCGAUGAGACUGGCCAGUCCAUCAUCGAACAGGGCCAAGCUCGGUACAGCGACAACCCAGACCAGACAGACCCAGACGAGCCCCUCGUCCGCACGCGCAGCUCAGAGGACCUGCAUCGCGCACAUCAUACCGACAGUGAUCGCUUCCAAUCUGGCGAUCAAACCCCCGUCUCUACGCGUACAUAUUCCUAUACCAAGCUCUCCGCCGCCUCCGACUACCCAGACUCAGACGAUACCCCCUCGGUAAUCGGACCGCCUCCCACCGGACCCUUCCUGCCGCGCCAAAGCACCCAGGGCGAUAUUCACCAGUUCCCCGAUGUAGAGGGCACUGCCCGGGAAGUUCAGGAAGCAGAACAGACUCGUUUCCAGCGCUUCAAGUCAUCCCUUCGCAAGUCGCGCGACCGUCUCAGCCGCUGUCGCGAAAAGAAAGUCAAGGCACUGCAUGCGCGCCUCCCUACAAAGGUGCAGAAAGGUCUUGCCGCGACCACAGGCGCGUUGGGUCGCUUCUGCAAUGGUUUAUGGGACUUUAUGAACCCACCCCCUGUGGGCAAUGCUGUCCCCAAUCUUCAGCGGCUGUUCUUCGAUGACGGUACCUUCGUCCGCAACUCUGUGACCCGCGCGAUCGACCAGAACGGACAGGUUGCCGUGCCGCUGAUCCUGGUCGUGCUGGGCGCUAACCUUGCGCGCAACACUAUCCCGAAGGAGGCCUUGGUCGAUAUUGAGCAUCCCAACGAGGAGCGCAAGUUGAUCAUCGCUUCACUGGUUGCGCGUAUGUUGCUCCCGACUAUAAUCAUGGCACCUUUGUUGGCUCUCAUGGCCAAGUAUGUGCCCAUCAGCAUUCUCGACGACCCCAUCUUCGUGAUCGUCUGCUUCUUGCUCACAGGCGCGCCGUCGGCUCUGCAACUGGCGCAGAUCUGCCAGAUCAACAACGUGUUUGUGGGCGCCAUGUCGAAGCUAUUGUUCCAGAGCUAUGUGGUCUGGAUUCUACCUUCCACCCUCGUGCUGGUCAUGUGCGCCUUGGAAGUUGUCGAGUGGGCUGCCACCUCGUAA